CUGACUCAUCAUCAUCGUAUACAAUCUCCAUAGAUUUAGGCUGCCUUUUUAUUUAUCAAUGGCCCUGCAACACCGUCACCCAACACCACCACCACUCCUCCUCAAUGAUAUUACUAGUAUUUUUAUAAACAUCUCAAAAACACACACUAACUAUUUUUAAAAUCCAGCAAACUCUCAAUUGAUUUAAUUAAAUCUUCUUAUCAAAUCAGAUCUCGCAUAUCAAUCAGUUUGAUUUUUGUUUUUUUUUUACUAGUUCAUUUGAAACUAAUUAAUUCAGUAGUAGAUCCACUGGUAGUUAUAUAUAUCUAUUAUUAUAAUAAUGGAAUCAGCAGUAACAACAUCAGAUACAAAUGUGCUGAUGUAUCCCAGUACUAGUAGUAGUGUAUGUGUUUCAAGUUCCUUACUAAUGCAACCACAACCGACAUCAUCUUCUUCUGUCGGUGUCGGUGUCGCUGUCGGUGCCGGUUUUAUUCAACAUAUUGUGACAAAAUUUGAUACACUAGCUGGCGUCGCUAUUAAAUACGGUGUUGAGGUGGCUGACAUCAAGAGGUUGAAUGGUCUAACAACAGACUUACAAAUGUUUGCCUGCAAGUCGUUAAAGAUUCCGUUACCAGGGCGGCAUCCGCCUUCUCCUGUAAUUAUGUCAAAUGGAUAUCAUCAUACUCAAAGAGAAAACAGUCCUGAGAUAACUCGGCCCAACGGUAGAUAUUCUGAUUCGGUUAGUCCAGUUACAUCCUUAAAAUUAUCAUCGUCGCCCCAAAGGAACAUCUCAUCAUCCAUCAAUUCUUUACGAGACUAUUAUGGUCUUCCAGCAAAAGAUCAUAAAGGUGUGGGUGAAGGUUUUGAAAUGACUGAAACCUCCAAUCCAAUCCUGGGUCAUCACAGGAAGUCAAAAAGUGAUGCUAAUGAGUUCUCCAAGAUAUUCAAAAUGGAUAACGGUUCCAUUGCAAGCGAGAAAGGAGCUAGUUCUGAUAAAAGCAUUGAGAAGUUGGUAAGAAGGCGCAAGUCUGAGGUUGAUCUUAACAACCGGACCCCAGAAAUGUUGAUUAAACAGGACUACGAAUUCGUGCCUAAAACAGUUCAUGGUACAACUACUGAAUCCGAACUAGGUGCAUCCUUCAUGAUUCCUUUAGGGUCGAGUGAUUUAUCCACCACGGCUCAUGCUUUCAGUGGAGUGAGGAAAUCUUCAAGUGCACCAACCUUUCAACAAUCGGAGACCGAUAAUAACAACGUUAGCCCACCUCCAUCAUCAACCUGGCUGGCGUCUAUGUUAAACUUGAAGGCAGAUCUUCAAGGGCUGUCUAUAGCAGCUAUAGCAAGUCCACUUUUUGAUGGAUUGCCAAAGCCAAUAAGCGGCCGGAAGAGCAAGGCUGCUCGUGAUUAGUAAUUUGAUUCAAUUUUUGCUUAGUUAAACAAAAUGCAUGUUGACAAAGUGGAGAAAGAUAUAGAGAAUUAGUGUCAUUGUGAAAAGAAAAUAGAAAGAAUUGGUAACAUGAUUGUAAUUUUUUGGCCAGUGAUACACAUUUAGAUAGUGUCAGGAGGUUGAAAAUGUCUCUGUUUCUUUGGACAGAAUUUAUGUUAUAUUUAUAUCCAUAUAAUAAUACUUCAUUAUAAACCAA